AAUGCAUACGUGUAGACAAGCUUUAAUUUAAAUUUUCUCCCAAACAUAAAUAAAUUCUAUAAAAGGAAAAGAACUUCUAAAUAAGGUAGUAAUCAUUAGGAGAUGGUAAGAGCUCCUUUUUAUGACAAAAAUGGAGUUAAGAAAGGUGCUUGGAGUAAAGAAGAAGAUGAGUGUUUAACUGCUUAUAUUCAGAAAUAUGGUCAUUCUAAUUGGCGUCAACUCCCCAAUCAUGCAGGUUUAGCGAGAUGUGGAAAAAGUUGCAGACUUCGUUGGUUGAAUUACUUGAAGCCAAAUCUUAAACAUGGAAACUACACAAGAGAGGAAGAAGAAACCAUCAUCAAAUUCCACCAACAACUUGGAAAUAAAUGGUCAUUGAUUGCUGAAAAACUGCCGGGAAGAACGGACCACGAGAUAAAAAAUUAUUGGCAUAGCUACUUAAAAAAGUGCUCAAAGUUAAAUGACUACAAAACUACAAUUUCUGAGUUGAAUUCAGAAUCAUAUGAUACUCCUAAAGAAAAUGAUAGUUUUCAGCAUUCUGUAACACCUCAAAGCCCUAGUUCUGAUGUUGGUAAGAACAUUCAUAACUAUAUUUUAGAAAGCUCGACAGUGCCAUUGCCGGUAGAAACAUCAGCUGAAGAGAACUAUUCGCCUAGCUCCAUGAAUAGCUCCUUGAUGGAAGAAGACAAUGGUGUUCCAUGGUUGGCGUUCGAAGAAUUCGAGGGCGACUUUUGGAAUGAACCAUUCGUUCUAGGAGAUACAUCAACUACUAAAGAGAUUUCUAUUGAUGACAUAGAGUUGAUGAUUUCAGACUACUAUGAUGGUUCAUAUAUGUUUUAAACAUCGUCUUUGCUUGAUUUUUUGAGCUUUUCUUGAUAAUUUUGUUAUUUCAAUCAUAAGUUGGACUAUUUCCAAAAAUGGAUUAUUCGAAUUAAAUGUCACGAGGUAGAGAUUUGAAGUUUCCUUUCUAGUCCAUUUCAAUGAAGCAAUAGUGUUUUUUAAAGCUAUCUUGAAAAUCAUAAGUAUUUUUUUAUACAUCUACAUCCACUAGGAGAAUCUGUGAUCUAAACAAUAUCAAAAUAUUAAAACAACAUGUUGACUUUUUUUGUAUUUAC